UGUAACCGAGGCUGAUGGUCGAUGGCCACAAACUAGUAGGUAUAACCCCGUGUGACUGUCGUUUGUGACAUCAACAAUGUUUACAAGACCUCGUGUGUUACAAUCUGGUAUUGAAUGAUCCACAGUAUCAGAUCGGAUCUUCUAGUAUACACAUGAUUGGAUUUUCGAAAGGAUUAACUUACAACUUAUCAAAUUUUGAUCAAAGUGUAUGUCACGGUCAUCUUUUAAACUGCAAUCGAAUGUGUAGGGAGGCCAUCCACCCACAACCUCCUCCGACGGCUUCAGUUGAAGUUCGAGGUGCAUUCAAAAAGUACAAUUCAUCGGCUAUUGUACUUAGAGGAGUUUCUCUAACUGUUCGUAGAAAUACGAUUUAUGGUCUUUUGGGACCUAGUGGCUGCGGUAAAACAACCCUUUUAAAUUGUAUAGUAGGUAGAACGAAGUUGGAUAAUGGUGUAAUUAAUUUAGAAUCAAAUGUUAUUGAUGAUAUUGGUUACAUGCCACAGGAUCUGUGUUUAGAUCCAUUACUAAGCGUUGAAGAAAUUUUUUUUUACUUCGGAACUCUUUUUGGUCUUUCUCGAGAUGAAAUUAUUGAUCGUUACAAAUAUUAUAACGCUAUAUUUGAUUUGCCUAAAAGAACUAUGUUAAUAAAUAACUUAAGUGGAGGUCAGCAACGAAGAGUUUCCCUUGCAGUUGCUCUUCUUCAUAAUCCAACUCUAUUAAUACUAGAUGAGCCUACUGUUGGAUUAGACCCAAUACUUAGUGAAAAAAUCUGGUUACAUUUAUCUGACUUGUCAUCUGAAGGUAAAACAAUCAUUAUUACUACACAUUAUAUCGAAGAAGCUAGAAGAGCACACACAGUCGGUAUGAUGAGAAGUGGUAUAAUAUUAUCAGAAGAUGCUCCAGAAAAUUUAAUGAAAUGUUAUGGAUGUUCAUCUUUAGAAGAUGUGUUCCUCAAGUUAUGUAUGAUUGAUACAUCAAAAGUUAUACAAAAGUCUUCUUUGCCUGCUGCUGAUAGUGUGCAAAAAAAACUGUUACCUCUAGAUAAUAACAAGAAAUUUGAAACAAGACGAUUUCGAGCUCAGAUGUUGAAAAAUCGAUUUUUAUUAUGGAGAAAUAAACAAAUGACCUAUUUGAUGUUGGGUUUGCCAAUCAUUAUAACUGUAUUUUUCAAUAUGGCUAUUGGACGUGAUCCAAAAAAUAUCAAUAUUGGAAUUAUAAACGAAGAAAUUGAUUUCAGAAAUUGUGCAAAUUUUACUUAUAAAAAUAAUAAUAAUUGUUUUUUGGACCAAAACAUGUAUGGUAGUUGUCAACUGAUUUACCAACUUCGUAAAAGAACUUAUAAAAUUAGAGAUUAUCACAAUGUCGAAGUUGCAAAAAAUUCUAUAAAAAAAAAUGAAAUUUGGGCUUUGUUAAGAAUCAAUUGGAAUUACACAGAAUCAUUAAAAGAUAGAGUUACUACAGGUCGAGACAGCCUUAAAGAUGUAGUUGACUAUAGUUUUCUAGAUUUCUGGAUUGACGAUUCAGAUAGAUAUAUGUCAAUUUUGAUUGAAAGAGACGUGACUUUGAGUUUAGCUGAUGCUUUAAAAAAUUUAGUUGGCUCUUGUAAAGAUUCCUUGGAUAAAGUAAUUUCUUAUCCUAUUAAGGUUCAUGAUGCUAUUUACGGUUCCAAUACAGGGUCUUUUGCUCAUUUUGUUGCACCAGGCACAGUUUGCAUAUGUAUGUUUUUCUUGCCAUUAAUUUUUACAACUUUUGUUAUGCUUGAUGAGCAAAAUGGUGGUAUAUUGGAUCGGAUCAUUACUUCUGGCAUGACUUAUUUUGAAAUAGCAUUAGCUCAUUCAAUUAUUCAAAUUACAUACAUAUGUAUACAGGCAAUUGAAAUUUUAAUAAUUAUGUAUGUAUUUUACGAGAAUCCAUACAUUGGAUCAAUUACAAUUGGAUUUAGUCUACUCAUAGUCAUUGGAAUAACAGGCAUGGUUUAUGGUUUUGUGUUGGCUUUGGCAAAUGAUAGCCAUUUUGCAGCUGGAUUUGCAGGAGUAGGCACAAAUUUUUUAUUGAUGUGUGCUUGUGGUUUUAUUUGGCCAACUCAAGGAGCUCGUCAUUUUGUUAAGUACAUCAAUAAAUUUGUUCCAAUUACAUUAGCUAUUGAAGCAUUACGGGGUAUAACCAUGCGUGGUUGGUCCCUUGACCAUAAAGCUGUUUACAUGGGAUUUAUUUCAAUGUUGAUCUGGGCUUUAAUAUUCUACGUUAUAUCUUAUGUAUUAUACAAAUCAAAGAAAGGCACAUGGAAGAAAGUGUAGAUAUAAGAGAUCUGCAAGAUCUCAAAAUAAAUAAUUCCAUGUGUUAAGUACAAAAGACUGCCAGAAUGUUUUUUGGCAAUCAAAUAUAAUUAAUUUUUUUAUGUCAAUUAUUCAUAAGGUAUUGUAAAUAAAUAUAUUUAAGUAUAA